AUGUCUGAGAACACCCCGAUCGACCAGUUAGCGGACGCCGCUGAUCGUAUUUUCUCUCAACUGGAUCAUCAAACAACGCCAGUACACAGUGCUGAAGCGACUAGUGACCACAAGUCCUUAGAAAAAACAGUGGAAGAUUUACAGCGCCAAGAGUCGACCACGCUCGUCCAGUCGAAACAAGGAUGCCACUUCUACUAUGUGUUAUUACCACCGCCGAUUUGGGUCUGCAGCACAUUACUGCACCAAGCCGUGUACCUAUACUGCGGUCGCGGAAAACAAAACCGCCAGCGAGUGAAAGCGACUAAUCUCGCUGGCAAGGCAUUUUCACCGAAGCUUAGUCGCCUUUUCUACGUGACGGAUACACGUAAUAAUUUACGUUUUUUGGUUGACACCGGCGCUGCCAUUAGUGUAUUACCCGUGCAUGAUAAAGCACGUCAACAACCUUUCCAGCUCCGCUUACAAGCAGCAAAUGGUUCCAGUAUUAAUACUUACGGUACGAAGUCCCUUACCCUAAACAUAGGAAUGCGACGAGACUUUACCUGGAAUUUUACUGUUGCUGACGUCCAGAUGCCGAUAUUAGGUGCCGAUUUCCUGGCGCACUAUGAUCUCGCCGUUCGAAUGAACAACCAUUCCCUAACAGACAACUUAACAAGACUGUGUGUUCUUGGUACUUACUCUAAACUUACCACCACUGGCAUCACCGUGGCAACUUGCCACAAUAAGGAGUAUUUAGACUUAUUGAAUCAGUACCAGGACCUCCUGCGUCCUGCUGGAUCUAUUGAUUCAACUAAACAUCAAACACAGCACUUUAUUAAGACCACUGGUCAACCUGUUUUUUCCCGUCCUCGUCGUUUAGCACCUAACAAAUUAAAAUUCGCAAAGAAAGCUUUCGACGACAUGCUACGAGAGGGUGUUAUUCGUCCGUCCGACAGCCCCUACGCUUUCCCCUCUUCAUUUGGUACUUAA